UUCUAUGGGUCUAUCGCGUUGGAUUCGUUGGGUCAGGGUCGUAGGUUAUAAAUAAAACGUGGGGCGAUUAUUUCUAAUCAAAGCCGAUUACCUACACGUAUUAAAGGAUAAUCUGUCUGCAGUCAACAUCACAAUGAAUUGGGAUCUGAACUACGGAGAGUUAUCGAAGGAUAAAGACUUCGUUAACAACUGCGAAGAUCUGAAGCAAAAUUUGAUAGAAGUGCAAGGAGUUUUGGAUCAACUAUUGCCGCUGAAGGAACAUUAUGACAAGCUGACCUUGCCUGCACAGAUCGAGCUAGAUUUAUUCCUUGCGUUCACGCUGAAUUCUCUUCAUUGGAUUCAUUUGAGAAUACAAGGCGUCGAUCCAACGAAACACCCAAUCAGAGACGAACUACAAAGAAUUAAAGCUACAAUGGUUAAAUGGCAGGAAGUAAAAGAUCGAGAUAAACGACCAACUGUGGACAUUGAAGCAGCUAAAAGGUUUGUCAGGAGCGGUCUCUACGAUCCUUACAGAGCGACAGGGCAACCACUAAAUAAAAAGAUAAAAUUCGAUGAUUAAAUUUUGUCAGUUGUAAGUAGGCACCUAAUAUGUAAGACUGAGUGUUGAUAAUUGAAUUAUAAGUCUAGUUAUAAGGUUUGAUGAUAAUGGUUAUUUAAUUUUUAAUAAUAGGGAAUGCACUUUAAUGCCAUAUUAAACUCAUCAACCAAUUUUACUGUUUUGCUUUGCGUUUGUUUUUUGUUAUAAUUAUGUCAUUAAGUUUUGUGCUAUGAGAAAGAUGGCUUGUAGUUAUAACCAAAAUAGGUUUCCAAUACUGGCCAUCUAUCUGUAAAUGUGUGAAUUUUUGUGAAUAUGAAUGCUAUUCAAAUUGAAUGUAAGGCAGUUCAUAGUGUGCACAUACUGAUAUGGUUUGGCACAAUGCACCAGUACUAUGCAUCUCUAUAUCAAUUUAGCACUCAUUCUGCAGACUCAAUUGAUGACAUUAAUGAAGUUUUA